GAUCAAAUAGAACAUGACAAUAUUGACAUGGAUUUGAUCCUGUGUUGAUAGCUGUCAAAAAUUAAAAGAAUUCAAUUUGUACAUUUGAGCAGAAUUAGAUAUCACAAUCAUUCUAAUUGUUUUUGGGGAAAACUCUUUUGGAUGUUAAAAUUGUAUGCAGUCUACUGAAUUCAAUGGUUUUAUAAAUUUUUAACAGUAUUUUAUUUCAUGCUAAGAUAUAUUCAAACAGGAUAUAAAUUAUUCCUAAUUACUCAAGCGUGAUAAAAAUCUAAAUGUCAAACUCGAUCCUACCUCAUUUAUUAAGCGAUUCUCCACCCCCAUUAGUUGCAGAUGAUGAAGAUUUUGAGGAUGAAUUUGGGGAUUUCAAAGCAUCUGAUGAGCUAUCUCUGGAUAAUGAAAACCCAUCAACCCCAUCUUCUUUGAGGAACUCUAAAGAUUAUUUUCCUGAUACUUUUGCUGACUUUCAUUUUAGUAAUGAUGAGAAAAAAUACCAAAUAUUUGAUGAAUCUGAAAGUAAAUCAUCAACAAAUAUUUUAAAUUCGAUACCUCCAGAUGAUUAUUACUCCAUAUGGAAACAGAUUGAGAAUAAUAUUCCAGACAUAAUUGAUAAUGUAGAGAUAUUUCAAGCACCUAAAGAAGAUAUUGAUAUCCCAAAAGACACUAGGGAGGUUCAAAAAUCAGAAAUAGAAUACCAUGAGAAUUCAUCAAUCGAUACUUUUCAUAAUAAUAUCAAUCCUUCAAAUGUAAAUUCAGAAAAUGCUCACAGUCGUAACGAAGAAAAUAUUGAGAAUGAAGUAUCCUCUGAAGAAAAUCAGGAAUCUGCCAAAGAAACAAAAAAAGAGGAAAGAAAUUGCACAAAUUCAAUGGAAGAAAAUGGGACUUCUCAAAGUGUUGAAUUGCAUAAUGAUCAUGUAUUAAUAGAAAAUAAUUCUGUACUUGAAAUGGCAGAUCCUGUUUUUGAUGAUAUAUCUAAUAUAUUUGAAUCCAAAGGACAAAAAGCAGAACAUACUCUCCAUACACCUACAACUGAUGAAAAAAACUAUUUGGGUUUGAGUAAAUAUGACAGUGAAGAAGGAUUACAGAAAAAUAGCAAAAUGUGUGAUUCUUAUAGUGAACAACAUGACAUGAAUGAGAAAUCAAAAAUUGUUGAUUCAUUAGAAUUGAUAAAUGAUCAUGUAGAACACACAGACAAAUUCACAAUAAAUAAUCACAUAGAACAUACAGAUAUGUCUCCUUUUCAUUCCACUGGUAAUGAUCAUCUUAGAAAUUUUGUAGAAUUAAAUAAAACUUCAGCUGAAUCCCAUAAUAUAGAUGAUGUUCCUCCAAUGGAAGAAGAAAAACAAAAUAUUGAUGAUGAUUUUGGGGAGUUUGCUGAUUUCAGUUCAUGUACCUUAAAUAAAAACAACAUUACAAGUGUAGAACAUUCAGGUACUAUUGAAAUAGAUGAAGAUUUUCCUGAAUUUGAAAGUCAUCAAAAGUAUAUUAGUACUUCAUCAGUAAUAUGCAAUAGAACCGAAGAAAAUCCUGAAUUUAGUGAAAAAGAAAAUUCUGAAGAAAUUGAUGAAUUCGAUGAUUUCACUAGCUAUUCAGCACAAAAUACAGAAAUUAAGGGUGAUUCUUUAGAUAAAGUUCUAAAAAUAUGCGAGACCCCAGAAGAAGCUUUGAAUGAAACUCAAAAUGUUCUGAAGAAAAUAUUUUUGAUGGAUGAAUGCUCUACUGCGGACUAUUCCAAAUAUGAUUAUACCAUGAAUAAUUCUGUUUUUGAAAAUCUGAAGGAUAUUACAGAAUCUAAUGCUUUGACAUAUCAGUGGGGCAAAUCAGUGGCUCAAAAGAAUAUUUUGAAAACUUUAAAUAUUGAUAUAAGGAAUAUAUUAUACGGUCCAUCAUGGAAUUCUGGCGUGCCUAUAUUUGCUGCUAAUUUAUGUUCAAAACCUUUAGAACCAAUCAAAUCUGAAUUUCCGAUACCUACAUCUCCCCAGAAAAACAUUGAAUCACAAGAAUUUGACUGGAGUGGAUCUGGUCUUAGUAAUUUGCAAGAUUCUGUAGGAAACGCCGACACAAGUGCUCCUCCUAAUUUACAAGAAUUAAGCAAGACAGAACCUGAAGUACUUCAACCAUCUAAUGCAGAAGGAAUGUCAACAUCUACAUUAUUGAGUAAUUUUGGAUUUGAAAUGGGCCCAUUGGAACAAUUAGAAUCUACAAAUAAUACAGAAGAAUGUGAAACAGAUGAUGAUUUCAGUGAUUUUACCUCACAUCAGGGAACUAUAGAGAAAGAAAUGAAAAGUGAAAAUAUGUUGCCCUUACGAGAAUCACAUAUAAGCAGUAAUUCACAACAAGACUAUUCAGAGAUGGAUAAAGUAUCUAUCUAUUUCAAAGAACUUACAAUGGGAAAAUCAGAAGUUAUUAGAAAUGAUCAAUUAAAAACAAAUUCCAAAGUCAGCUUUGAUGGUGACGACAGUUUGAAAGUUUCUAAAACUACACAACUACCAGAAGAUUUACCUUUUGUGUCCAAUGUCUGUAAAGAACCGUUAAAAAUUAGUUUAGAACCAUUUGGUUCUCAAAAUGAUCCAAUGAAAAACAAUAUUUCAUUAAUUGAAAACAUUAGAUCAAAUAACUCUUAUAUUUUAGCAGAUGACUUUUCCUCAUUUGAAAGAGAAGAGAUAAAGGAUGUUAAAACAGAUGAGAUUACUGUACAAAGUGGUGCUCAACAUCAAGAGGAUGAAUUUACAGAUUUCCAGUCAUCUUUACCAAAGGCUACUUCUUUUACAGGCAUGGUACUCCUUGAACCUCUCAAACCUUCAAUAUUACAACCAGAACCUGUCCAAAGUAAUGCACUCAAAAUAGAGUGGCCAGAGCCAGGACUCGACGAAUCUGAAAUAAAUCGUAUAGUGAAUGGUGUAUGUCGAAAAAAUUCAACUAAUGAAAAUGUUGAGACAACCAAUAAUGUACAAACAAUUGACGAUAAUUCUAAACAGCCUAUACAACAUAAUGAUCAAGAUGAAUGGUCUGAUUUCAUGUCUGUGAAGCAAUCUUUCAAAACAAGAACAUCAACACCAGACUUACCACUAUCAGUGUUCAAUUUAGGUAGUAUUCAACCCAAUAAAGUAAGUGCUCCUUACGUUGCCCCUAAUGGUGUUGUCCAUUCGCCAUCAAAAACACCAACCAUUUCGUUCCCUGUAGUCAACCGCAAUUCACAAAAUAAUACUCAGCAGUAUUCACAUCAGAGACCCUUUAUUACUAGUCAGGCCUUCAACGCACUUUAUUCAACUAGCAACUAUGAGGUACCACUUCCCAGUACAUCUAUAGGAGGUAAAACAAUCGAUCAAAUUGAUGUCAAUUCGGGAAAAAACGUUGGUCUCAAUUUCCCUCAAAAUGAAGGCAUAAAUUACACGAUUCAACAUAAUACACCUUCUAGUAUUAGCCAUAGAAUUGAAGAGGACGAUGACUGGGGAGAUUUUGUUUCUGCUCCUAAUACUAUAUCUCAAUCAAAUUCUAGUGCUAAUUUUUUUCAACCUUCUACUUACAUGAAUUCAAAUUUUGGUUUCAUUAGUAAAAGUGCUACCAUUCCAAAAACCUCAACUAAGAGUAAUGUAGUGCAUCAAGACAAAAACAAUCUACACAUUUUAUCAACAAUGCCUGAUCUCGAUUUUGUUUCCUCUAAAUCCAGAAGUACAAUAAAAUGACAAAAUGAAAGUUUUGUUUUGUAAACAUUUGUAUAUAUUUUCAAAAUGUCUAUAGAAAAUUGGUUGAUAUAUUUAAAGAAGAAAUGAAACAAAAGUUGUUGAAUACAAUUGUAUUUUAUCCACUCUUGCAUUUUGUGACUUGGAAAAAUUUGAAAUGUUAGAUUUCCUGGGUUUUUUGUGCAAAUUAUACAUAAUUGGAAGAUUUAUACUGAUACAUUCAUAAACUUUAUUUAUAAACAUAAAAAUAUAUUUUAUUAUUGCUAAUGAACAUGUGUGAAUUUGAAUAUUCUCAUAUAUGUAAAGCAAAAUAAAAUUAAAGAGCAGUGGUAAGAGGCAGUGAACAGUUAUUUAAUUUAACUUUUACUGCAAUUUUUCUUUUCAUUACUAGAAACAAGCAAUUACAUUAGUGACUGAAUUGUUAUCCCAAAUACAAAAAUUUGAUUCAGUUACUUUGAAAUAUCCUUAUAAAUGAAUUUGUAUAUUAGUAUAACAUCAAAUUGGAAUUAAAUGAUGAAACAUGAUAUUAUGACAUAACUGAUGUUGUUAGUAUAAAUUUUUUUCUUAUUGCAAAAUUUUCUUUCAAUCAUUUAAUUUUCUUAUUUUGAUUCAAGGCUAUGGUCCAAAUUUGACUAGAUGUGCAUUAUAGUUUUACAAAAUUGUUGAUUUUGAAAUUGAGUGAAUUUUACUGUUUAUGCUUACUCUGGUUACAUUAUUAUCCUAUAUAAAUAUCUUAAAACCAAAUGAUGAGAAAUUGUUGAGAAUAUUCUUUAGAAAAUUUCUAUUUUUAUUGAAAUAAUUUUCACUGCAAUUGUUCAAUCAUAUCAUGACUUAUUCACGUGAAUAAAUUCUUGCAAUGUAUUUCUAGAAUUUGAUGUGAAAAUGUAUCUUACAAAAAAGAUUGGUUAUACUUGUAAUUAAGAUGUGUAUAUAUUCAAUUUGAUUUGAGACUUAUUCGAAUAUAUCAUGGUAUGAACAAUUUUUUGAAAAUUACUUCAUUAAAACCGUAAUUCUUGAAGAAUAUUUGACAAUAAAGAAAUUUAAUUUUGGCAUGUACCUAGCCAAACAAUCAUGAUGAAUUGAAUUUAUUAUUUGAUUAGAUCUUUAUGCUUGCUUAUAUUGUUAUGUUAUUUGUUUGAAUAAAUCCAAUUCAAAUAAAAAAUAAUAGGUUCACAAUGAAUCAAUUAAAAUUUGAAAAUAUUACAAAUUAUAUAUUAAUUACUGAAAACACUCAUUGAAGAAUAUUAUUCUCAUUUCUUUUCAAUCAAAUAAUAACUAAUCUUGCUGGUAUUCUUGAAAAUAAUUUCAUUCAUUGUUGAUCUAUUUGUGUAAAAAAAUUCUGGUUGAAAAAUUCAAUACCUCUUUCUGAUUUGAUUAUUAUAAAGGUAUCAGGAAUUCAAUCUAAUUCACUUUAUUUGUGAAAAUGAAAGUCUUGGUCACUGAGUAAAAGUAAUUUUAUUGUAAUAAUAAUAAUAUCCUUGAUUAAUUUUCUUCUACUGAUGUUUAAUUUAUUUUCCAACUAAUAAAAAAAAUCUAGUCACUCCAAAAGUGGUUUGAAAAUUUACCACCACUAUAACUUAUUUAAAAUUCACACUGAAAAUAGCAACAUUUGAUCGAAAUCUCAUGUUUGAUAUGUUCAAACGGCUAAACUUUAGCAUAAUUAUGUAAAUAAUGAUGUAUUAUAGUUCUAUUUGGUUGAGGGUAUACACACCUAAUGAUAGUUGAAAUUUGUUGAUAUAUUCUGUGACAAUAUAUAUAUAAAUAUGUAUUUAAACAUUCCAAAAUAAAAAUUUUUGGAUAUAUAAUUUUUAAUUUGAUCUGAAA